AUGGAGCAGGACAGCCAGCGCUCUGCAAACCGCCACGCAAUGAGCCGUGCCGCGGCAUUGCUGCCUGCAUCCACGAGAAAAGAGUCCAUUCCAGCAAAAACCAGAAUGAUCCAGAUCCAGAGGCGGAAAGGCCUGCUGCACAGCAGCGAGGAACCACCACCGCCCAUCAGCGGCCAGCCCUGUGCAGCGCUUCACAGGACUUCCUCCUUCCGCUGGUCCCACAGAACCCACCCGCGGCGGCCUAACUGCCCCUCAGGCCCCGCUCCAUCUUGUCGCGACACCCCCCUCCUGCCUCCGCACCGCCGGUGCCGUUCCCCUCACCGGAGGCAGGACCGCCACCACCCCCAGGACUCCUCGGCCGCCAUCUGGGGGCUUAACCCGCUGAAGACGGGGAAAGGCGGAGGCCGCGGCGGGCGAGGCGCGAAGGCACCGCCCCGCCGCUUGUGUAACGGACCGUCCGCGGGGCGGGGGAGGGGCGGGCGCGGAGGGGGGCGGGGCCUCGGAGAGGCCCCGCCCCCCUCCGCGCCCGCCCCUCCCCCGCCCCGCGCGGCCCCAGGCACCCGCGGGGGCAGCGCCCCCCCACACGCAGCGCGACCCCCGCCCGCCGCCCCUCCGGCCACCCGCGCUGCGCCACCGCCGCUCCGCACCCCCCCCCGCCAUUUCCUCACCGGGGCUACCGGCAGUCUCCAGGCCCGCAACAAGUGCGGCCCCCCCCCCCCCCGCCCCGGCCCGGUCCGCGCCGCGCCCUGGCCCUCCAGAUCCAACGCCCCCGCCUUUGUCUGCGCGCCGGAGCUCCCCACCCGGGAGGCGGCGGGUACCCCCCCACCCACUCGCCGCAACCCGCCGCCCUCUCCCCACUCACACACGCUCCCCCCCCCCCCGCCGCCCCUUCCCAAAUGCGACGGCGGAAUCGGGCUCGGCCCCGGCCGCUGCAGCCCGACCUUUUGUUUUUAA